ACAUAUAUACAUAUGUACAUCCAUCAGGCCGGCUGCUCGCUCGGCCAAUUGGCUUAUCUUAUCAUUGUCUCGUUGCCAUCGUCGUCGUCGCCUUUGCCGUCGCAGUUCAAUUUGUAGCCUCUUUGGACUUGCGGCAGCGUCUGUUUGGCCAUAAUUGAGGGCAUCUCCACAGUCCAGACCAAAAUGCUUUAAGCUCCUCUCUCGUCUCUUCGCCUGGGUCGUUUCGAUUGAAAUUGUUCGUCAAACAUGGCACACGUUUGGGGGAAACUGCUGCUGAAGUUCUUUAAAUACGCGCCCAGUUUUGUGGUUUGCUUGAGCUUCCUGCCAUGUGGCUUGAUCUUCGGCUAUACGAUCUGCUCACUGGUGGCCGAGCGCAACCUGCAGGCUGGCCUCAUCAACUAUGGUCCUAUGAUCUUGGGCGCCUGCUGGGCCCUGGGCGCGGCCCUCACAAUGCUGACCAUUAAGUACGUGAAGAAGUGCAUUGUUUACUGGCAGGCGUGGCUGCUACUGGCCGCUGGCAUUUUAAAUCUGGUGGCCAGUUGCUUCUACUUUGCUGAUGGUUUUGACCAUGUGGGCGCCUACAUAGCGUACUUGGCGCACAGCAUGACCUUCAUAGCAGGCUACAGCUUUCUGCAUACCAUCAGCUCGAAGAGCAGCCGCUCCCUCGUGAUGUCCGCCUCCUGCAGCUGCUAUCUGAUGGGCAUUGCCACGGCCGUGAGCCUGAUUGGAUCCGCAUACAGCCGAAAUCUAAAGGCGUUUGCAGGACAAACCGCCACCACUGAGCAGCUGAUCGACGGAAUUUAUUUGAAUUUUGCUGGCACGUAUCUGAGCAUUGCCGCUGCCACGCUUGCAAUCCUAGUGGGCAUCAAGGUGCUGCACUUUGUGGGCACCGUCGACCUGGUGAACAGCAUGGACAACGAUCUGAGGAUCGCCAACGGGAAUGGCAGCAUCUUUGAGCCGCGCUCAGACGUUAUCAAGCGGCUGCAGUUCUUCUAUGUGACGAAGAACCAGCAAUGGAACGUAAUGCUGCUGCUUCUUUUCACCGAGGCCAUACAGUAUGCGCUGUUUGUGUAUUUCAUCUAUUGGUUUGCCCUGAAUCCGGCCAUCAGGUUGACCCAGCUGAGCGACAUCGAUGCCAUGUUCUGGGUGAUUUUUGGCGGCAGCUGCCUGUCCCUCAUCUGUCUGUUCUUCAUCUCGGUGAAGGUGAACUUUGUAACCUCUCAGGUGACGCUGGUUUUCUUCACACUCCUGGCCAUGAUCAUCUGCAGCUCCACCGAGUCUAGAUGGUCCCUCUGGGUACUGCUCGUCCUCUUUGGUAUGUCCUAUUCCAGUCUACAGAUCGCCCUGCUGGAGGUAACCCAUUUGAGGUUCACAGAGUGCGUCAUCUGCUUGUCGUAUGUCCUCAAAUUGAUAUGCACCAGCAUUGUGUACUAUUAUUUUGUGGCCGAUGCUAAGAACUCGUAUUUCUAUGCCACCGACAAGAGCACCCUGAUGGCCCAGGGAUUUGUUUUUAUGAUCAUCAGCUCCCUGCUGGCCCUGGUCGUGGGCAUGAAGGUGCCACGAACACAUCGCACCAAACUGCUGGACAUCCAAUACGAAGUCUAUGGCAUCAUAUUCAUGAAGCAUCAAAUCGAGCAGCUCAAUGUGCGAUGGCUAAACGAUGGCACCAUACCCACAAUCAGCCAAUAAUGUGUUCAAUCAGCAUCCUACAUUUGUACGCUUAAGUACUCAGUAUUUAAAGAAAAUGCAGAAAA